AGCAUUGAUGAAUCAGUAUCUGCGACCAGCACACUUUUAUGCGCACGAACCGAACAUUCAUGCAAAUGCUACGCAACGGGCGGCACGAGACUCUCACACAGCAACAACCAAACAGUCUGCGCCCGAAGAAAAAGAUUGUUCAAGACUGUGGCCCGAAUAAAAAGCAGAACACGAUCAGUAACAUCACUAUAAAAGGAAUAAAUCUAUUUAAUAGAGGCAAAAAGUUUUAAUAGUACGUCUGCCAACAAACCAUAGUAGAAGUGAUCCCAUCCGUACCGUCUGCACAACACUCGAGAGAAGACGGAGUUUUAAAUUUACUUUUCUUCCGUUAGUGUGAAAGCAAUCUUUAACAAUGGCACAAGCAUCGCUGAAAGAUUACGAGAAACGCGCCUUCGAGAUUAUCCCGCGCAAUGCGCUUGACUACUAUCGAAGCGGCGCCGGUGACGAGCUGUCUCUGCGUUUGAAUCAGGUUUGUUUCGACCGACUGCGUAUUCGGCCACGUGUUUUGAAAGGUGCCGCGCAGCAUGAUUUAUCGGUGAGCGUGUUCGGCGAUCGCUUCUCGCUGCCAAUCGGAAUCGCGCCAACGGCGAUGCAGCGGAUGGCUCACCCGGACGGAGAGCUGGCCACUGCCAGGGCCGCUGCCAGCCGGGGAGUUGCGUUCACGUUGAGUACGCUCGCGACCAGCUCGAUGGAGCAGGUGGCUGCCGCAGCUCCCGGAUCGCCCAAGUGGUUCCAGCUGUACGUCUAUCGCGAUCGGCAACUGACGGAGAGCUUGGUCAGGCGGGCAGAAAAAGCCGGAUUCAAGGCCAUCGUACUGACCGUCGAUGCUCCUGUGUUCGGAAUGAGGAGAGCCGAUAUCAGAAAUAAGUUUUCGCUGCCACCGCAUCUGAUCUUGGCCAACUUUGAAGGCAAUCUCGCUACCGGAGUACGAAGCCAAGGUGGUUCGGGGUUGGGCGAGUACAUAGCGGAGAGAAUAGAUCCCACUCUUUCCUGGGAUGAUGUGGAAUGGUUGACCAACUUCACCAGCCUUCCGGUGAUAGUGAAAGGAAUUCUUACCAAAGAGGAUGCCAUCCUUGCAGCUGACAUGGGUGUUGAAGGCAUCUGGGUGUCAAACCACGGAGCUAGACAACUGGAUUCAGUUCCGGCCUCGAUCGAGGCACUUCCGGAGAUAGUAAAGGCAGUCGGUGAUCGAACAACCAUUGUCAUGGAUGGAGGAAUUACUGGAGGAACGGACGUAUUCAAAGCCAUUGCGUUGGGCGCCAAAAUGGUACUGUUUGGAAGGCCCACACUGUGGGGUUUGGCUGUUGAUGGGCAACAAGGUGUGGAACAGAUUUUGGAUUUGCUGACAAAAGAGUUGGAAAUUACAAUGACGUUGGCAGGCUGUCGAUCGAUUAAAGACAUUACCAUAGAUCAUGUUGUGCAUGAAUCGUUUUACGCUAAGUUGUUACCGUUAACAAGGAUUGAUGAACUGAAAUAUAACUAGUUUUAAAGUGACAAAUGUUAUCAAAUUAAAUUUGCAUAUUGCAAAAAAAAAACAAUUCUAUCACUUCUACACCCAUCAAGAGAAUGGAAGAUUUUUCUACGGUUCGAGGUCAGAAUAAUUCACAGAUUUUGGUAGAAUUUGACAAUCAUUCAUGUAUAGCAUUAAAAGUUAGAUAAUGUUGAAUUGUUGAACGAAAUUAUUGUUAUGUUGACCCAUGUCCAGGAUAGGGCUAUCCUUAGUGCUAUGUACUCGUUAUCGAAUAGCUAAAAGGGAUUUUUUCUAUUACCAUACAAGUUUUGAGUAAAAGUCUCAGAUUGUUUUUCCACUAGCAGUGUUUAUAAAUAUACGCAGAAAAAUAAAAUAAAUUUUAAAAAUCUGAGUUUCCU